AAAUUCUGCAAGAGCUAAGGCAGUGAAGAGCGAGAAGAAUUAAUAUGUAAAUAUCUGAUCUCCCACAGUGAAAGAUAAGUGAUGGAAAUCAAUUACGUCACCUACCUUAGGUACCUACCUAUCCUCUGCAUCAACUGUGGCACCUAGCUACAAGUAUAGCCAAUACAACACCCAAACUACAAUGCCGACCAUCAACAACAACCCUGAAAACUACGCCCUCUUUCGAGAUUGUCUGUCCACCACUCUCCUUCAGCCCGCCCCUUCGGCCCCUGACCCGCCCAAGCGCCGUCGGCGUGGUAAGAACACCCGGGCUCCGCUCGUUGCAUCCACCCCGGCCCCGGACCCGGAGCUGGAGAAAGAUGGCGACGAACUUGCUGAAUUUGUCGAUUAUCUCGCUACUGAGAUCUUUGAUAACCUUCCAGAGGAGCUGCAAGAUCUCGAGUACCGGACAUGGCGAGAGGACGAAGCGUUGCAGGAGCAGUACUCUCUCCCACUCACGAAAGACAGCCUUUUGUUGUUAAACCUGCCACCAUCUGUUAUCGAGACCCUCACAACUUACAACCUUAUCUCUGCCGAUCCCUAUGUUGAUUCACAUCUUCCGUCCUCCCCAGAGUCAUUCCUCCUUCCCAUUCUCACCUCAUACAUAACUCCUCUCAUCGAGCCACCUCCCGCUACACGUUCAACUCGUGCUGACGCGUGUGAGCUAUGUGCCCGAUCCUGGGUCCCUCUGUCCUACCAUCACCUCAUCCCACGGUUCGUCCAUGAAAAGGCCGUUAAGCGAGGAUGGCACCGUAAAGAAGAUCUGCAGAACGUGGCGUGGCUGUGUGGUGCCUGUCAUCGCUUUGUUCAUCACUUCAAAACGCACGAGGAGCUGGCACGGGACUACUACACUGUUGACCUGUUGCUGGAUGAGGAGGAGGUUCAAAGAUGGGCUCACUGGGUUGGUAGGUUGAGGUGGAAAGGGAGGUAGUUCAAGCAGUGAUUUUGAUGAGUAACGAGGAGAUGGGGUUAUUGCAUCAUGCAAAGCAUUCAAUGUAGUGAUAUUCCAUGAAUUUCAUGGGCUUGUUCAAUAAUUGUUGGAGCAUAGUAUCAACUCUGAACCUUUCUUGCAUUGUUCUGAGCAGCUUUGCCUUAAGCUAACGGCGAUAAGGAACCCACU